CCCAGCCGGGGCGCAGCACGGCGUCUCCCUCUUCCCCACCGCAGCCGCGCGAUGGAGGUCAGCCACUCCGUCAAGGAGCGCACCAUCGCCGAGAACAGCCUGGUCAUCCUGCUGCAGGGCCUGCACGGCCACGUCACCACCGUGGACCUCCGCGACGAGAGCACGGCCACGGGGCGCGUCACCAACGUGGACGCUUUCAUGAACAUGCGGCUGGCCGAGGUGACCUUCACGGACAGGCAGGGCGCGGUGUCCCGCCUGGACGAGCUCUUUGUGACCGGCAGGAACGUCCGCUACGUCCACAUCCCCGACGAGGUGGACAUCAGGGCCACCAUCGAGCGGCAGCUGCAGGCCAUCCACAGGGUCCGCUACUUCGGGGGCCGCGACAAGGGCAGGAAGGAGUUCCCUCGUGCCAAGCACAAGUGACCCCCCGGCGCUGCCCGCAGCCCUGCCGGCGGCAGGGCCAGGAUGGACCAGCCCCUUCAACCAGA